CAGGAUUCCCGGCACGCCGCGCGCCGGCCUUGACCGGAAGGCGGAAGUGCGGGGACUUCCGGCUGGCGUCCUACGCGUGCAGUGCGGUCGUGUUUCUCAGGUAAGGCAUGGCUAAGAGCUUACGGAGUAAGUGGAAAAGGAAGAUGCGUGCUGAGAAGAGAAAGAAGAAUGCCCCAAGGGAGCUCAACAGACUGAAAAGUAUUCUCAGAGUUGACGGGGAUGCUUUAAUGAAAGAUGUUGAAGAAAUAGCGACUGUGGUGGUACCCAAACUGUACCAGGAGAAAAUGCAGUGUGCGGUGGAGGGUGAAAAGGAUGACACGAAAAUGGAGACUGAAAUUAAGAGAAACAGAAAGACUCUUCUAGACGAACAUGGACAGUACCCAAUAUGGAUGAACCAGAGGCAGAGAAAAAGACUGAAGGCAAAGAGAGAGAAAAAACGGGGGAAAAGCAGAGCCAAGGCAGCCAAGGGCCUGGCCUGGUAGACCUUACAAACUGGAAAGAAGGCAGAGGCAGGUGGAUCUCUGUGAGUUCAAGGCCAGCCUGGUCUAAAAAAGCAGAUCCAGGACAGCCAGGACUGCUAAGGUGGAGAAACCCUGUCUCAAAAUCCACAGCAAACAAACAAACAAACUGGGAAGUAUUGAUGGGACAGAAAUUGAGUUGUUAGGACUGUCUUCACUGGUUUCAGCUCUCUCUGAUGGAAGCUCGUUGUUUUCAUACUUUAGUUUCAUCUUAACACCUGUAAUUCAAAACCAGAAUAAUUCAUUUGUUUUGGGAAUUUGAAUAAACUAUUUUCUGUUUUAAAA